AUGGACCUCCUUUCUCGUUAUCUCCCAUGGCCGUCGAACCGGAGCACUUCCGGGACGGACCCUAGCUCCGAGCCCACGGACCCUGCGCCUGAACCAUCCGCCCCUCAAUCCCCGGAGCAAUCCCGACCGACACCGUCUUCAGUGCCAGCGCCUCCUACACUCAUCGCCCCGACGAUAAGCCUCGAUAAUGAAACUGAUAACCAGAAGGAGCCGCCAGCCCCGACAGAAUCACCUGCACCGCAGAAUUCGAAUCAAAUAUCGCAGAAGUCCACAGCAACAGGCAACCAUGGACCCUCGCAACCAGAAACCUCGAAGCCAACCGUCCCCCAAUCAAUUACUCCUCAGCCAGCACCGACACCUUCUGCAAAUCCCUCGUCCUUGAUGCCCCCACCCGCUGCCCCUGUACCUCGAGUGCGCCAAACCCCGCUACCAAACCGGACACCAGGUGGUCUUCAGCCGCCUCGUGUGGGCGACUCCCCGCGAGCACCUCUAUCAGCCGCAGGAGCAGCGCGCCUGAACUGGGCUGCGUUCGCGUCAAAUCCCAAGAACAAGCUCCGAGGCGAGGAUGUCCCAAGUGAAUUCAUUCGGGUCACUCCGUCGAUGCUCAAGGCGCACAACGGUCGGAAAGGCCGGGAUGCGUGGACUUCCUACCAGGGCAAGGUCUACAACAUUAGCCCGUAUCUUCCCUACCACCCUGGUGGGAAGGGCGAGAUUUUGCGUGGCGCCGGGAAGGAUUCCGGCAAGUUGUUCCAGGAGGUGCACCCCUGGGUCAACUGGGAUGGUAUUCUCAACGAGUGCUUGAUUGGCAUCUUGGUGUCUGAGGACACACCAACUGAGAAUAGGUUGGAUGCAAUGGAUUGA